GUCAAUGAUUGUGUAUAAGGAAUUAUUUCAAACAGAUUAUUUAUAAACUACUACAUAUUCAUUCAUUGUUUGACAUUGAUUUGUGAAUGAAAAUCUAUGGUAAGUAAUUAUUUCGGUUUCAUUAUUACUCAAUUCUAUUUCUUUUUGUAUGAAUUAUAAUAAAACUGUUAGGUUUACAAAUGCUGAUAGUAGUACUAUAAAGAGAAUGAAAUAUAAUUAAUCAAGAGGAUAGGCGUUCGUGUGCGAGAUCGAAUAUCUUGAGUUCGGAUCCUGCGGGCGGGAUCAUGGAUACGAACCACUGAGGAAUCCUAUACUGGGACGAAACGGCCAUCCACUGCUUUCAGGUUUCCAAUAUUGGUCUAACAUCAAUCGAUUCAUGAUUUCAAUCAAAAAUUUAAUAAUCUCCAUGACCGCAUACUGACAAUUACCAUGUGCUUGCUGGUGAUUAUCUUCGUGAUGGAAUCCUCGGAGUUCUAGUAAGGAGCCGUGACCAGUGGAGCUAAUCUGUGUCGGGUAGAGACAGUUAUCCACCUCAGUACAAUGAAAGAAAGUUGUGCAAUUUCGUGUAUUAGUUGAGAUUAGACAUUAACACCGUUAGAUGCCAAAUCAAUGGUCUAGAGAUUGAGCGUUCGCACACGAAACAGGUCUUCGGUUAGAGUCCCGCGAGCGGAACCAAAAGAUUAUUUAAACUAGAAAGAGGUCAAUGAAGAAAAAUAAUUCCUUCCAUAUAUAAUAAUAUACAAAUAGAAUAACAAUUGUUUCUGUUCAAUGAACAUUGAAUAUCCAAACUCGCGAUAAAUAAAAAUGCUUGGCCGUGUGAGGAAAAUCUGUUUGGUUGAACUAAGAUUUUGGUUUCCAAAUUUUUCAACAUUACAAGUGCUGAUCCACAUGUCGGAAGUAUAUCCCAACAGAUUCAAAUGAAUAUUAUUCAAUGAAAUUUGUAAAUAAUUUCUAAUUUGUAAAUUAAUCAUUUCAAUUCAAUCUUAUUGAUCGUUGAAAAAAAGUUUCUUUUUCUGAGAGAGAGAGAGAGAGAGAGAGAGAGAGGGAGGAGGGAGGAAAAGAAAAAAGUCUUUACUCAAAUUUUAUUAUUUUUCUUAAAAUUUAUUUUAUUUUUUUAAUGUUCCAUACGAGAAUUGAUCAUUUCAUGAAUAAUAUCAUUGAAAUAAUUUAAUAAAUCAUCAUGUUAACAAAAUUGAUCAUAAUUUGAAAAGAAAUUAUAUAACCAAGUUCUUAUAAUGAAAUUACAAUCUGUACAGAAUACAUCUAAGACAAAUAUUAUGAGAAAAAAAAGAGAACGUAAACAUCGAAGUAAAGUGUCUAAUUCUGUGACAUUAUCACCUUGUUUGCUAUUCUCUUCAUCUUUAGAACAAACAAAAUCAAUAAAUGAUGAAUUGAGUGAGAAACGUGUUAAUCUAAGAAAAGAACGAUCUCGUUUAGCUGCACAAAUUAGACGUAAUCGAGAAGGUCAAAGUUUAAUGCUAAUACAAAAUGCUCUACCAAUAUCAUCUCAUGUUUUAGGAUUAAAUUUAGUUCAACAGAAUUCAAAAUCAUCUAAUUUAAUUAAUGGAACAAAACAAAUAAAUCAAUCAUCAGAAAAUAAUAAUAUAAUUACUUCAGGUACAAUAGGACGUGGACAAAAGAAAACUACCUAUUUUAACUCAUCAGUGUCAAAUACAAUGACAGGAUUUUUAACAACAACAUCAACAGCGACAACCACAGAAAUAUCAUCGUCUACACUUUCUAAUAUACCUUCAGCUAUUAAUUUAGAAAAGACUAGAGUACUUCGUAUUGCUGGACAUACACUAUUUCUUCUUAACAAAUUGUCUUCCUAUCUUAGAUUACAAGCAAAACUUUAUUUAAGUUUAAAUAGUCAAUCAGUGUAUGGUAUGUUGAUUGAUGCAAAAGAAAUGAGAAUUGCUUAUGUAACACCUGCUUUAGCUAAAGCUAUUGGUUGGUCAUGGAUAAAACUUUUAGGUGCUCCUUUACAUAAAUUAAUAAAAUCUACAGGAAUAUCUCAAAAUUCUACACAGACUAAUACAAAAUUAUCAUCUAAAUCUCAAUAUUCUCCAUCAAUUUCAUCAUCUCAAUUCAAUACAACAAUAAAAGCUUCAAUGAAUUGUUCCUCUUAUCCUAUUCAUGAAACUUCUUGUACAAAUCUUACUUCUAUUAAUAGUAAUAAUGAAUGUAAUAGUAAUAUUACUGAUAAUGAAUUUAUUUUACCUGAAUUUAUCACUUUGUUAAAAUCCAACUCGAAUGAACAACAUUUAUUGUGUACAUCGAAAAAUAAUAAAUUGGAUGAGAAAAUAUUAAGUUCAUCCUUGAUGUUGGAUAAUAAUAUAAAUACUGAUACCAAUACUAAUACUACUACUAAUAAUAAUACAAUUAAUACUACAUUUUCUGAUGUCAAUGAUAUAAAUAGUAAUGGAUUUACUGGUACCAUUUCAAAACCUCAUGGAAUAAUCAAUUCGGAUCCAUAUUACAAUAAUAAAAUGAAGAAUAUGAAUAAAUCUAUUAGGAAAUCUUCAUCUACACCAUUGAUAUCAUCUAAAUUAGCAUUACAUAGAUUUAUACCUAGAAACAAUAAUACAAAUAUAAUCAAUUCAUCCAUUGAUAAUAAUAAUAAUAAUGAUUGUAAUUCUGAUGAUAGAAAUAAUUAUGAUCAAUUGAAUGCAAAAUCAUUUCCUCAAAAUAAUAAUGACAAUGAAUUGAUAUGUUACUGUUGGAGUAAUUUAAUGAUCAAUACAUUUACUGAUAGUUCAACUGGAUUCAGUGAAAUUUUGAAUUCAUUAGAUGAAUGUGAUGUAACUAAUAGUUCCACUGAUGAUAGUAACUAUAUCAAUGGUGAUGAUGAUAAUGAUUAUGAUGAUGAUAAAUCCCUAAUAAAUAAUGAAUUAUUGGAUAUAUUAAUGAAGGAUUCAUUUUCUCCAGAUUCUUUGACUUUUGAAUCUUCAUGUGAUAAUUCCUACCCUUCUUCCAUAAUCAAUAAUCCAUGUAAUUCAUGUGAUGGUUUUAAUGAGAUCAGUUCAACUUUAUCUACUGGAUUGUACUUAUGUCUUUUACAGCCUGUAUGCAAUAAAAUUUCACCAUUUGAUGAUUUGACAAAUCAUGUGGAUUCCAUAAUCAACGAUACUGAAUAUAAUCAUAAUAGCACUAUCAGUAAUGAUAGUAAUGAUAAUAAUAUUAAUGGAGACGUAAAUCAAAAUAAUCUGUUAGAUUCAUCUAUCCAUAUACUUGAAGAUUCACAAAAGUCAGCUGCUAAUGAUAAACAGGAUUCAUCAAUUUCUUGUGAGUUACAUAAAAACAUCAAUAUUAAACAGUCAGAUGAAUCAUUAACGGAGAUAUCCAAUGUUGACACAACAACAUCAUCAUCAUCAUUAUUUAGUGUAUCGACGCCAAUGAAAAUCCCUUCCCUUGAAAAAAACAAGGAGUGUAUAAAAUCAAAAUCUUUCCAGUGUCAUAUAUAUUUAAAUUGUGCCUUGACAAUAAAAAUGGUUCAAGGAAAUUACACAGACUGUUUCGAUAUUGAAGAUCAGAGUGGUAUAGUCAAUUAUUCUUAUCUUGAAUUUAUUCAUCCUGAUGAUCUACAAAAUGUUAUUACUAUUUUUACUAGAAUAAUUCAUACAAAUUCUCUGGCAUGGAUCAGUCCAUACAGAGUAUCAGUACAUAAUAAAAUGGUAAACAAUAAUACUGAGAAGUCCUAUCGUUGGAUACGUAGUUUAGUAUCGUAUAACAAAAUGAACAAUAUUUUUAUAUGUUCCAGUCAGUUUCUUGGAUUAUGUGAAUUAUACACUUGUGCUGUUGGAUCGAAUCAAAGAUUACUAAGUGUAUCUUUUGAAAGUUCACUUACACAAUUUGAAUUAAAAAUAAAUAAUACUAUCAGUGACAAUAAUAUCUCUUCACAAAACAUAAUGAAAACAUUCAAAUGUAAUCCUUCAAAUGAAUAUUCAAUUAAUCGUCGUUAUGAUCAACAAUUGAAAACUAAACAAGUUCGUAUAUCUAAUUCAUCAUUUCGUCCUGUACGCUUAAAAAAACCAUCUACAUCAUUAGUUAUUAAAAAUAAUAACAUUAUUAAACCUAUCAAAUUGUUUCCAUUUCAAUCUUCUCAAUAUAUAAAACAACAAUCAGGACAAGGAUAUAAUCAGAUCAUUUCUGCAAAUAAUCAAAUUAGAUCCAUUAGGCUACUUUCAUUUAGUAAUAAUAGUAGUAAUAAUAAUAAUACUAAAGUGCCUUGCUCAUCUUAUUUGAAUUCACAUUUGUAUGAUACUACUAAGGUCGAUGGUUAUAGUUAUAAUAGACAAAUAAAUUCUGUAUUAAAUAUUUCUACAACAAAAUCCUCAUUGCAUGAUUCUCCUUCAAAUUUAUCAUCAGUUCCAUAUUAUGUAAAAUCUAUGUUACCAGUAGUUAACUAUACAUCAUCAUCAUUAUCAUCUUGUUCUUCAUCUUCUUCUUCAAAAAAGUUAAUUUUCUUAUCUUCAGUUUCAUCUUUACCAUCAUCUGUUCCAACAAAAUCAAUAAUGUUAAAUAAAUUACAAACAUUUAAUACUUCCAAUAUAUCUAGGAAUAAAUGUCAAAAUGGUGAUGAUAAACGAGGUAAAUAUAUUGAAUAUUCAGCAAUGUGUCAAGAUCACAAUCUUACAUCUUUACAUAAUAAUAAUAAUAUUCAUUCUUCUCCAUAUUCACAAAUAAAUGAUCUUUACAAUCAUAUGAUAUUUGGUCCUGACAACAAUAAAACAUUGAACCCAAUGAAAUUAACUAUAAAACCUGUUAGUAAUGAUCACCAAUGGAAAUCUGGAGAUAAUUGGUCAUCAUCUAUAACAGACAAUUCAUCACCUCAUUCAGUAUAUUCAUCACAUGGAUCAAGUACAUCAAUCAGUCUUAGUCCAAAUGAACAAAAUCUAACAGAUUUAAAUGUAAGUAUGCAAAUGGAAGCUACUGUUAGUGAACUAUUAGAAUCAAUACCAUUAUCAAACAAACUGUCGUACGAUAAUGAUGGAGUACAAAUGCAUAUAGAUUUUAAUGGUAAUUCAUAUGACUCAAAUAUAUUUGAAUAUGAAGACUCAGAACUAUUACCAUUAGAUUCUGAUUUUGAAAGUAGUGAAAAUUUUACUGGAUUUCAACCAGAUUUGAUAUCUGAUACAAAUUUUCUCAGUAGUCCCGUUUAGAAAAAUAAAAUGAACGUACCGAAUCCAACUAAAACAAACCAUUAUAAAAGAAGCUUAAAUCCUAUUCCUAUUUACAUCUUUAAGAAAAGAAAAUAAUCAGUAAAUUAGUACUAAUAUCUGUUCAUAGUGAACAAAUUUCGAUCAUCAUUUCAUGACUGUAUAUUUUUUAUUUAUUUUGUCUUUAUUUAAAAUGUUAAGUAUUGUGACAUUAUUUAUUUAUUGAAAGUGAAAAUAUUACUUAGUUCCUUACUCCUUUGACUAGUACUUCCCUACCUACCUAUCUACCUAUCUAUCUAUCCAUUAAUUUGUGUAUCUACUUAAUUACCUUACUUACAUAACUUAUUUAUUUGUAUAAUUUAUAUUAAUGUGAAUCCAGCAUUGUUAAUCCAUAAGAGAAUUUGGUAUUUAAGAAAAUGUGUAGUAAUGUAUACAAAAGUAAUUUAGAACAAAACACGAAAAGAAAAGCAUAUUUCUAUUUAAUAAGAACAAAUUAUUUUUUUAUUCAUUGACUUCUUGUUAAGUUAUGAAGCGAGAAUACAAGGGAGAAAGAGGGAAAUAGACAGAGAGAGAAAAAAACUGCGAAAGAAAGUUAACAUAAACAUAGAUUAAGAAUAUUUGGAAAAAAAAGAAAUUGGAAUUUACAAAUUUUAAACAAACUAUUUUAAAAUCUAGGAAAAACUAAUUGACACCAAAAAUUGUUGUAUUUAGAUUGACUUACAUGAAUUAACAAAUUCAACACAUCACUGGUGUAUUUUAAACUUAUGACAAGUAAGAAAUUAUACCUAAACAGUAUAUACAACCAAGAUUUUCGCUUAACA